GACAGGAAACUACCAACAAUGAAGCUGUGGCAGAUAAGAAAGGAAAUGAUGUUAAAAACAGCUUUAACUGCGUUUGUCCUCUCAUGUUUCCUGGGACGUCUGGAUUGUGAAGAGCUAACAGUCAAACAAGCAAAGGAUGUAACUCUGGAGUGCUAUGGCCACAGUGAUGCUAACAUAAUGAUAAGCUGGCAAAAGCCUGACCUGCAGUCAGAGUAUUAUGUGUUUUACUUCAGCGAUGAACACAUUCACAAAGACAAACAGCAUAAAUCAUUUAAAGGUCGAGUGGAGCUGAAAGAUCGAGAAAUAAAGAAUGGAAACUUUUCUGUGAUUCUCAAAAAUGUCACCAUGAAUGACGCUGGAAAAUAUGAAUGUUAUGCUGGAUACCACCAACAGAGACCUCAGCUUUUGAAGAGCAUCAACCUGAAGGUAAAAGAAGGUCAGACAGGAGGACACACAGAGGAUGGAGGGAAGGAGGAUGGAGAGGAGAAGGAUGUAGGGAAGGAGGCAGGAUCUGUUGGACUGAAUGUUUGUCAUCUUUUGCUUCUUGCAGCUGUUGUUGCUUUUUCUGUGACCUUUAAAAAAUCAAAAGCACAGCAGAAGCAGAAUUACUACAAACCUCCAGCUGAACAGAUCGUUGCAAGGUUUCAGAUGCCGUAACAGCUGAAUUGUGAGUGAACUCCUGCUGUUCUUAGUAUUGCAACAGGACAGAUAAAGGUUGGUAAUGCUGGAUAAAUAGAAGCUCGGAGUCUGUAUAGGUCUACCAUGUCGGGUCAGAUUCUUAUAUGCAACACCCAAAAUUACAGCCAUUCCUUCCUUAUCAGUGUGUUUAGGAAAAGAUAACAUAAGAUAAGAUAAACCUUUAUUAGUCCCACAUGUGGGAAUUUUGGGGGGGAAUCCCACCAACAUAAGAUUAGGAACAUUAGAAUCAAAGUGGUUCAAAUAGGCCUCAAAUGCAUGUAAUCUAUUUUAAUUGCACUACAUUAAACAGGACUCUGUGUCAGCCUUUAACAAUGCGUUGUUCCACACUUAGUCACUACAGUAAAAUGCUCUCGCUUACACCAUAAGUAAGAAUACACACAGUCUCUUA